AGAGCCAUUUGUACCUGUAUGAAUAGGCAGCAUAAAAUCCGGGUGGUCCCUGAGGUUGGGUCUUACCCACCUGCGUUUCUACUGUAAUGGGGCUGUUCUAUCAUGUCUUCAUAGCUGCAUUUUCUUCUAUUGGUUCAUUUCUCUUCGGAUAUGACAGUGGGAUUAUCGCAUCCGUCAUAACAAUGGACAGGUACCUGGGUAGAUUUGGAAACGACGCAGACAUCACAGGAGCAGUAGUGUCUACGUUCAAUGGUGGCUGCUUUUUUGGAGCUAUGCUUGCGGGAUGGACGAGUGAUAAGCUAGGAAGGAAACGUUCCAUUCAGAUGGGAGCCGUUUUUUCAAUGUGGGGGAGCGCGAUGCAGUCUGGAGCAAGUAACGUCGCUACACUUCUCGUCGGGCGUAUUAUAGGUGGAUUUGCUAUCGGGAUACUUUCAAUGACCGUACCCUUGUACAAUACUGAAAUAGCACCCCCAAAGAUUCGUGGGCUGCUUGUCGGCUGCACCCAGCAACUGCUCGGGAUUGGCAUCAUUGUUGCCAACUGGGUAGGUUACGGCUGCCAAUUCAUCGAUUCAGAUGUUAGCUGGCGCCUGCCUUUGGGACUUCAACUUGUACCGGCGGCCUUGCUCUUCAUCGGAAUACAGUUCCUGCCGUUCAGUCCUAGAUGGCUUUUGGAAGUUGGUCGAGAUGACGAGGCACGCGAAGUAGUGUACAAGCUCUAUGGUACCGAAACUCCAGAACUGAAAGAGAAGGCAGACAAGGAAUACUCAGUGAUGUAUGACACCAUCAAAGCCGAAAUACUUGUACGGAGCAAGCAUAUCAAGGAUCUGUUUGUCACAUCUGCUAUGACUCGACGAACUUUGGUUGCUUGUGGCGUACAAAUAUUCGGGCAGUUCACGGGUAUUAAUGUCAUUAAUUACUUUGGCCCACGAAUGUACGAAAGUCUGGGUAUUACCGGAAACAACAAACUUCUUAUACAAGGUAUCUACGGAGCCGUUGGACCCAUUGCCAACCUCUUCUUCAUCGUGUUUAUUCUGGAUCUGGUUGGGCGAAAAAAGCCUCUUCUCUUUGGAGCCGGAAGUUUCGUCUGCACGUUCUCUAUCCUCGCUGCAAUUGUGGCCACCAAUCCUCCUACUCCAGAGGACGACCGGAAUGCAUGGCCAGUCAACCAUAUCGCACAGAGGGCCGGAAUUUCCAUGAUUUUUCUCACCAGUAUCGUCUUCUCACUGAGCUUCGGCCCUGUCAGCUGGGUGUUGGCUUCAGAAGUGUUCCCUACUCGUGUCAGGUCAAUUGGAACAAGCGUUGCGACAUGCUGCAACUGGGCUUUUAACGUCUUAAUCAGUCAAGUAUCCACACUAGCUUUGGAAGAUAUCGGCUGGAAAUACUAUAUGGUUUUUGUCUGCCUCAAUCUUUUCGACUUCUUCGUCAUCCUAUUCUUGUUUCCAGAAACUAAAGGUAAAACAUUAGAAGACAUGAACAUGGUGUUUGGUGACCAAAUAGAUUCACGCAAAGUCCUCGACGACCAUCGUCUACCGUCUAAUGACGAUAAAGAUCAUCACGCCCAUUUAGACGAGAAACUAACAACAGCUCAUUGUUCUGCACUAACGUCUUAAUGUACGCAUAAAUAUUUCGUCCUGAAAAUGACCUAUUCUGUUGGAUAUCGAUUCUGGACGAGGGAGAAAUUUAUUCUGGUUUCCCAUGAAAGGCGAACAUAAUAAAUC